CGCUCCAACUAACUUCCCCGGGAACCAGCAGGGCCGGCCUUCUCACUUGCGUUCAAGCCCCCGCCUUGGGUUGCCUUCCCCUCGCGAGAUUCCUCCGCCCUUAUAAGACACCGCCGCAACCGCAGGGGCGUUGGGUGAGUGGGGGCAGCAAGAGCAGCGCGGUGCCGCACUGAACUUCCCUCCCUCUUGCCUUGUGGUCGGGGAGGCAGCAAGGGGCAGCAAUGCCGCGCCGGCAGAGGGCGCGCAGCAGCGAGGAGCUCAAGGCGGAGGACUUCGUCGACUCGGUGCUCAACUUCGGCGGCGCCGGCGGCGGGGGCGAAGGGGAGGAUGAGGAGGAGGGGGAGGCCGGCGGGGGCGACGGCCAGCCGGCGGCGACGGAGUACAAGUCCAAGAACCUGGAGGCCGAGCGGAGGCGCCGCGGCAGGCUCAACAGCAACAUCCUCGCGCUCAGGGCCGUCGUGCCCAACAUCACCAAGAUGAGCAAGGAGUCCACCCUGUCGGAUGCGAUCGAUCACAUCAAGAAGCUCCAGAACCAGGUCCUUGAGCUGCAGCAACAGCUCGCCGACUCGUCUGGCGAGGCCUGGGAGAAGCAGGGCAGCGCGUCGUGUUCUGAAUCCUUCGCCGCAACUGAAAACAUGCCGUAUCAGGGUCAGGUGGAGCUGGUUCCUCUGGGGCCAUACAAGUACCACCUCAAGAUCUUCUGCAAGAAGGCCGGCAUCUUCACCAAGGUGCUGGAAGCACUCUGCAGCUACAAUGCGCAGGUCACCAGCCUGAGCACAAUAACGUUCUAUGGUUACGCAGAGAGCGUCUUCUGCAUUGAGGUGAAGGGUGAGCAGGAUGUUGUGAUGGCGGAGCUAAGGAGCCUCCUGUCCAGCAUUGUGGAGGUCCCAAACAACUGAGACCCUGGUAGAAAUAACUCAUAGAGCUCACAUGUUUCAGUGUGUAAAACCUGGUCUGAGGAAGAAACUCAGUGCUGAAGUGUUAUGUGUAGUUAGUGUAACAAGGGUACAUGUCAAGCUGCUGGUACAACUGACUGGAAAAGGACCGGAUUUUGUGUUAACUUGACCACACAUGGAACAAUGAACUUGUGUGGGUUCCCUGAAAGAAAGGAACUUUGUGAGU